AUGGCACCCAAGAAGCAGCCCAAGGCCGCAGCGAAGAAGAAGGCGGCCCCUGAAGGGGAGGUUGUCGGCGAGUCGACCGGGUCGAACAACGUCGCCAGAGUCGGGAAGCUCGCGCCGCUCUCAAAGGAGGAGCUCGCUGUCAACGCCGAGAUCUACGCGACUGUCAAUGCGUCGCUGGAGCUCAUCGAGAGUAACCCCGUCUUCUCAGGAAUUAGAGACAUGGCGCCCCUGUCAUUGAAGGUCGCUGGGGACGACGACGCCAAUGAUGACGACCCAAUGAACUGGGGCCAGAUCGCGCCCUUCGACGCCGAGACUUUCACGGACACCUUCAAGACUUCGGGGCGGGUCACCUGUGGCAUCAAUUUCUUCGCCAUGGAUGUUACGUACAGCGCUGCGCCAGGGGUUCCGAUUCGCAAGAAGGCGGUGUCAUCCCUGACGGAGCACUACUAUGAUCAGCCUGCAUUCUUCAUGGGCUCCGUGACCAUUGGCGUGGCCAAGGAUAGCGACGACGUUCCGAGCUUGAUGGCGUCGCAUAGUCUGAAGUCCCCCUCCCCAGAAGAGAAGCGCUUCGCCUUCGUCGAGGCGAUCGCGCGGGACAUUCGGGCUGGUAAGGGCGACUUCGUGCUCAAGAGGCAGUGCGCUCUGUCAGUCAGCGCAUGCUUCGUGGAUCUGUCGACUGAUGACGCCCUGCACUGGCAGGCAGUGCAAGAGAGAGAAGAUUUCGGGACAGACUUCGAGGCGAUGCGUCGCAGCGCCGUGCAGCGCCUCUACGAAAUCGUGAACUACAAGAAAUGCAAGGAGGACCUUUCGAAGAACACCCUCACCACGCUGCAGCUCCAGGAGGAGUACAAGAAGGUGAAGCUGGGAUCGUACAGCGAGGAGAUCUCCGACACGUUCAUUGAGAUGGCGCUCAAGGUCCACAAAACCUGUUUCGGCAUUCAGUCGAUCUCGAAGCUCCUGCUCAUGUGCGAUUCAGAAUAUGGCAGCCGCAACCCCUUUGACUACCUCGCCAAGUUGGACAAAAUCAGCCGGCGGGCCAAGGGUGACGAGCUUUCGUGGGUUUUCCAUGCGCUCCAUGAUGCCUGGAAGUAUGGUUUCAUGACAGACAGCGGCCUGUCCCUGAGAUCCAUCGAAGGGAAGGGCACGCUAGCCGGCAAGAGCGUUGUUGACAUCGCCAUUUUCAAAAAGAAGCUGAGGGAUCUGUUCAUGGAGAAAUUGGCCGAUUUUCCCCAGUGGACGGAGGAGGUGAAAACCAAAUUCAGGGUCGUGUGCGCCGGCCACUUGCUCUUCCGCGAAUUCAACGGGUGCCCAGACGAACGCGCUAACAUCACCUGGAAGGCGGGGUGGCCGCCGAGCGCGGUGGAAUACCUUGCCUUCAUCGAUGAUACCCUGGGGAAGGGCGCUGGCGAGUUUUUCGAGCUCAGCAGCGUGGAUGAGCACAUGACACACAUCAAGGAAAUGGCGCAUUUGGAGGUCGGGACGAAGCCGCAGGAGGAGAAACAGCCUGCCAACGAAGUGGAAGUGAAACCUGAUGAUGAGACCGGUGACACUACUUCGCUGACCAACCCGGAAAAUAUUCAGCUGGUCUCGCCGGGGAAUCUCGUGAUCGACGUGUCUGCCAAAAGUGCUGACGAGAUGCAGAAGUUGAACCUCUUCAAGAGGAAGGUCGCGGAGCUGGUGCGGUCCCACGUGGAGUUCGUCCCCGACAUGACGAAGGAAUGCGAUCUCAUCCAGGCGCUCAAGAACACCGAGGCUGGGAGGAUCAAGGGCUCCAAGAACGUCGAGAACCCUGCUCAGUCAUCCUACGUUGCCAUCGUAUACGACUCGAAAGUGUCGGGCGAAUGCUCCCAUCGGCCCCAUCUGAGGCAGGUCUACUUUCGCUCUGAACACUGCAAGCGGUUGCUCAAGGUCGCGCUCAACCUGAAGGAGCCCGAUGCGAUCGCAGACGGCGACCUCUACAUCCUGCCAGACGGUGGCAAGCACGGUAACGAGAUGGCGCUGCUGAGUGGUCUGUGCGACGCGAACCAGAAGGCCCCCCAGAAAUGCAAGAAGGUGCUGUACGUGAUGUACUCCGAGGCCAGCAUCCGGGAGAGGCUCAAGAUCUGCCGGAACACAAGCGGUGCUCUACAGGUGGAGUGGAUGCUCCUCAUCACCAGCAGCUCGCUGACGCUCCCAGACAAGCCGCGCAUCCACUUCGAAGGAACAUCCAACGGCGAGUUCGUGGGGCCCGUGGCAUGGGCACCUUUCGACUCCUCCGACACGUGGUGCCUUCCCCAGGCCAUCAAGAAGACUGUGAUCACAAAGACCAACGUGGUUCUCGCAGGGGGCUCGACCUACGCCCCUGACACUACCACCGACGAGAAGAAGGAAUCGGAGAAGGAGAUCGCCUUCAUUCGCUCCUUGAAGAAGGAGAGCGAGCCUGUUUUCUUUCACGCUACGCCGACAAAGUUGUGGGAAGAGAUCUUGCACUGCCACAGCGCCAAGGCGGCGGUGGACCUGGCCCCUGCAGAUGGGGCGAGGGCUCUGGCAGCCAUCCGCGCCCGCAUUCCUUACGUCGGGGUGGCCUUCAACACUGCCCAUCGCGAUCAGCUCUUGAUGCACGUCGACAAGACCGUGCUGAAGAUGUUCCAGGUCGAGGGCGACAAGCUUUACCAGCCAGCGUUCGCCGAGCUCUUGAAGGACAGCCCCGUCGAGGAAGCUGGAGCAGAUGAGACGAACAAGAAGACCUCUGCUGGCAAGCGCAAGCGCGAGACAGCUCAGAAUGGCCAGAAAGAAGAUCCCAAGCAGGCUGCAGCUGGUGGUCAGUCCGGUGGGGGUUCCGAUGACGCCAAGAAAGCGUUGCUCGCAAGGGUCGCGCCCCUGUCCAAGGGCAAGGCCGACGCCGCGGCGGGCGGCUCCAAGGGCGGCAAGCGCCAGAAGAAGGAGGCGAACGCGGAUGAGGAGAUGGACGAGGAUGGCAUCGACGAGCUCGAUGAUGAUAUGGGUGAGGCUUGA